AUGUGCGGUGAAACCAACCGACCAGCCUUCGGAGGCACAAUCGCCGUUCUCUUCCCCCAAGAGUCUCGCCCGAGCCCAAGAUCCGCUGAGGCGUCACUCUCUUCCUCGCCGGAAUCGAUUUCCUCGUUGUCAUCGUCGUCAAUGUCAUCAUAUUCACUAUUUUUCCGCGAGACGGAUGCAACAAAUCACAAAACCAGAGCCAUCUUCCGAACGGAAGAUGUAGAGACUUAUAAUGCCCUCCGAAGUCACGGCAAUGUCGAUAUGCGCAUUGAGAGAUCCGGCGAUCUCUCCACCACAUCCCAGUCAAGCUCUCCGCUCUACCAGUUCAGUCUGGAUAUGAAAAAGCACAAGGACUUGAAAUCGGCUCAUCCGACGGAAAUGGAGUUCGAGCUGCCCGAAAGGCUGGACCUGGGCGUCUCGGAGAAGGGUGUCAUUGGCCGGCAGGUGACGGUCAGAGAAAAGGGGGUUCAAUCCUGGGGAUUGGAAUCGUGGGCUACAAUUGAAGGACCAUUCUUGUACUAG